AUGGCAGAAGAAGAGAUUCAAACAAUUAACAUGAAGCAAGAAAAGCUUGCUCCAUUUAAACACUCAUUUUGGUACAAAGAACUUAUUAAUCAGGACUUGUGCCUGGCAACUUCACUCAAGACCAUAGCAUUUGAGGCCAAGUCAAAGUUUCAGACGAUGCAAAUCAUUGAAACUCACUCGUUUGGCAAGACACUUGUGCUAGAUGGCAUGACGCAAUCAGCAAAGAAUGAUGAAGCCAUUUACCAUGAAACUCUUGUGCAUCCGGCACUUCUGGCCCACCCAAAUCCCAAAACGGUCUACAUUGGUGGUGGUGGGGAGUUUGCUACGGCCCGGGAAGUGCUCAAGCACAAGUCAGUCGAGAAGGUUGUGAUGGUUGAUAUUGAUGAGCUGGUGUGCAAUAUGUGCCGUAAGGAAAUGCCCGAGUGGGCUGACGGUGCUUUCGAGGACCCGCGUCUCGAGGUAUACUAUACGGACGCCCAUGCUUUCCUUAAGCAGUACGACGGCACAUUUGAUGUUAUUAUCAUGGACAUUGCUGACCCCAUCGAAGCUGGUCCAGGCUACGUGCUGUAUACGGAGGAAUUCUACAAGUAUGCUCUUACCAAGCUUAACAAGGGCGGAUAUAUGGUCACCCAGUCGGGUCCUGGUGCCGUGUAUAACUGGGACGAGUGCUUCUCGUCCAUCUACUGCACACUCAAGACCAACUUCAACACGGUCGUGCCUUACUCGGUCGACAUUCCGUCUUUUGGCUGCGUUUGGGCCUUUAACAUGGCCACUAACGUGGAAGAUGGAGAUGGUGAGGCCGCUGUAACGGCUAUCCGUGAACGCAGCAUCGCUACGACCAACAACCUUGUGCAGACGCGCAUAACUAAGCCGCUCAAGUUUCUUGAUGGUGUGAGCCACUUGGGCCUCUUUGGCCUGCCCAAGAUUGUGCGCGAGUCUUUGGAAAAGGAGACGCGCAUCAUCACGGUAGACAACCCUGUCUUCAUUGAUUGCUGA